AUGCACCCUGUCUUGCUCUCGUCCCUCUUCCGCUCUUUCCCGCUCAUCUUUCAGUUCUCAUUCUUUCAUCUCUCCGGUAGACACUGCCUCCGACUCCGCUCUCCGGCGCCCGCCCUCAUAAACCGCCGCGGAUAUCCUCUCCUCUCAGUCGUUGCGCAUCCUCCAACCCAAUUCAAUCCUAAGCCUCUCCUCACUCUACUGUUGCUUCGCUGCGCGAGCUUUGGUUGCGGUCGGGUAGCAGAUAGAAGAGCUCGUGCCUCCCUCGCCUCUCUUCCUAUGAUGUCUAGAGGGCGCGGGCGCGGGCGCGGUUCAUUUGGACGGAGCAGCUAUGGCGGGGGUAGUUUGGCAAAACAAGAGCCCUACAUCUUGUUUCCUGAAGUUAAAUUGCCUGAUCCCAAGAACGUGAAGGAAGAAAAGGGUUUAGUUGUUGUGAAUGCAAAGUUCCAAGCUUUUUGGAAAGCUUCCUGUUACUACCUAGAAGAAAAUACGGAUGCUGGUCCAAUGAGUGAGUUAGGAGCACCUCAUAUGUUUAUGCAUAGCUACGUGUUAUUGAAUGUCUUCUGUUUCUUGAAUCUAUCUCCUCCCCUCGGUGUCUUACCAGAGAGUUGGAUCAUGGAAGUAGAGAGAUUUCCUGACAGGGCAAAGCCAAAGGUCGUAUCGAAGCGAGGUUCCCUUGAUGAGUUUCUGCAGUUUGGAUCUGAUUAUUUCCCGAAGGAAUUGGUUGGAGGAAAGAAAGUUGUGAGGAGAUCGAAGAAACCGCGAUGGCAACAGGCUUUGGAUGUUUUUGAGAAUCUUGAAAAUAAAGAAGCAAAAAAGAAAGCAGAGGGGGGUCAGGAAACUAAAGAAGGUGAAGAAGAGGAAGAUGAAGAAGAAGUAGAAGCAAUUGAGGAGGAAGAAUUCAGUGAUGAUGACUAUAAUCAGCACUUUAGAGCAGAAUUUGUGACUGACCAGUCAGUCUCUACGAUAUUGCAGAACGAGUAUUUCGAUGAUGAUGAAGAUGAUUUCAACGUGGAUGCUGCCGAUGAUGGUGGUGUCUCAUUCACCGAGUGGCUUAGGGUUUCAAUGGUACAACCAUGCACCUCUUGGUCGGAUGUCUUGCGGCUCUUCUCGUCGGCGGUGGAUGAUGGAACUCUCCUGGUGCGGUGGUUGCUGUCCAUCUGCUGGAAAUUGAUUAGUCAACCUGGAAAGGGGCUGUCCACUCUCCUUUAUCAGCAGGGCCACCAUUCCAUUGGCCGUCUUGCACUCCAAUCCGGCCAAAUCACGGCGAAAACCAAAGCCGGUCUUGUUACUAGCAAUUUCAUGGAAAUAGAGAAUGAGAGAGCUCAAUUCUUGGCGCAGCAGCUGAUGAAUCCGAAUCUGGGUCUGGGUUUCUUCGUCUUGCUGUCGUUUCUCAGCAGCUCCCUCGUCAAUUCCCAA